AUGCGUACCACCGGCACCACCCUCCUCGCCACGGCCCUCCUGGCCGCCAGCGGCGCCCUCGCCCGCACCGACCUGUCGGGCUGCGUGUCGUCGGCGACGGUCAAGUACGGCGGCGCCUCGCUGGUGUGGUACGUCCCCGGCACUGGCGAGCUGUGCGAGUUCCUCGACUGCGGCGGCGGCCGCGCCCCGCCCAAGACGACCGUCCCCGGCUGCGCCGCCUACGAGGGUACCGCCACCUACUCGCCCAACUACCUCCCGGGCUACGGCCCUGACGCGACUCCCACCGCGGCCGCGUCCUCUUCGGCCGCUGCUUCGUCGUCCGCUGCGGCCAGCCCUAGCGUUACUGCUGCUCCCAGCCUGUCGAGCGCCGCGGUGAGCAGCGCUGCUGCCUCUUCGUCUGCUUCUUCCUCUUCUUCCUCCUCCUCCGCCGCUGAGAGCAGUGCGGCUGCUUCGUCGUCGGCGUACGCCUCCCACGGCGCGUCGACCGUGACUCCCGUCACCACCCCCAAGGGCGUCAUGACGCCCGUCGCCGGCACCCCGUCUGCCGCGACCACCCCGGCAGCCCAGUUCACCGGCGCUGCUGGUAGGAUCGAGGCCGCUGCCGGCGUCGCUGUUGGCGGUGUCGUUGCUGCGCUUGCUUGGUUGUAA